AUGAUCGCUUUGGUUCUGGUGUCGUUGUUUUUGGGCGCGACAUGUUUCCCCGACGGCGCUCCCAUUGACGCGUGUGUGAAGGACCGCGCCAACCAGCCCAAUCAUGGCCAGCAUCGAACGCAACCCUUGUCGACGCUACCCUACAGGGUAGUAGCCUCAUCAGCUCACUACUCACCAAACUCGCGUAUAACAGUAACCAUUGAGGGUUUGGAGCCGUUCAAGGGCUUCUUCAUACAGGCCCGUUCCGUGGAAACGGAUGAGUGGCUGGGCUCCUGGGAGGAGGCGCCGAACACAACGAUCCACCCGGAAUGCGCGGCCGUCACGCACGCAGACCCACGAGACAAGAAAAGGGCAAUAAUCGCAUGGAAAGCACCAUCAGAUUCGCACGGCAGAGUUUACUUCACGGGCACGGUUUUGAAGAAUUAUGGAACGUUUUGGGCAAACAUAAUUGCACAAGCUCCCCAAGACCCGGCGCAACUCCAAAUUCUCGGU